GGGAGGGGAGCCGGGCCCGUCAGCGCCGGCGGCCGCGGCCCCUGCUCCGAGCGGCGGAACCAGCUGAAAAUGUCUCAGAAUCCCGACAAGCUGCACUCAAGUGAAGAAAAGCUGAGCGGUCCGGAGGAUGCUCGGGAGGAGAACUCGGACAACCCGGAUCAGUCUGUCCGGAAAAGGAUACGGCAGAGCCCUCCAGGGCCACACAGAGAUGACACCCCCAAGUCCAGUCCUCCUCGGCCCGUGUCCAUAGAGGAGCUCAUGGAAACAGCCAAGGGAGUCACCAACAUGGCACUGGCACACGAGAUUGUGGUCAAUGGAGACUUCCAGAUAAAACCAGCAGAGUUACCAGAACACAGCUUGGAAAAGAAAGUAAGAGAUAUUGUGCAUAAAGCUUUCUGGGAUUGUCUGGAAGCUCAGUUAAAGGAAGAUCCACCAACAUAUGAUCAUGCAAUUAAACUGCUGGGAGAAAUUAAAGAGAACCUCCUGUCUUUCUUGUUGCCUGGUCAUACUAGACUGAGAAACCAGAUUACAGAAGUUCUUGAUCUGGAUUUGAUAAAACAGGAGGCAGAAAAUGGGGCCCUUGACAUUUCCAAGUUGGUCAAGUUUGUUAUUGGGAUGAUGGGGACUCUCUGUGCUCCAGCCCGAGAUGAAGAAAUUAAGAAACUGAAUGACAUUCAUGAAAUAGUCCCUCUGUUCAGAGCCAUUUUCUCUGUAUUAGACCUAAUGAAAAUGGAUAUGGCAAACUUCGCUGUCAGUAGUAUUAGGCCAAAAUUAAUGCAGCAGUCUGCUGAAUAUGAAAGAAAGAAGUUUCAGGAGUUUCUUGAGAAACAGCCAAAUUCUUUAGACCUUGUCACAAAGUGGUUGCAAGAGGCAGCGGAUGAUCUCACAAAGCUGGGACAUGAAACGUUGCCUCCCCACUCCAACGACGGUGCUACCGGUGGAACCUCCACCUUGUGCUUCACUGCUGUACAAAAUCAGGCCUAUUUGAAGCUCCUAAAGUGGGAUCAUGUGAACAGGCCUUUUCCAGAAACAUUGCUCAUGGACCAGACCCGCUUCCUGGAAAUCCAGCUGGAGCUGGAGCAGCUCCUGCUGGUGGGGACAGUGCUCCUGGUCACCUUCAGCGCAGCAGGCCCAGCGCUCGUUGACGUGCCUGGAUUUGCCGAGAAAAUCAAAACCAUCGUCAAGGUGCUGCUGACGGGAACGCACCUUCCCUCCUUUAACCUGAAGGAAUCUCUGGCCACCAUCGGGGAGAAGGUGUGUGCUGAAGUGAACAGCUGCCUGUCCCAGCACGGCUUCACCCCCUUCUCAGCAGAGAGAGAGGCUGUGCUCAAGGGGCAGAUCCAAGCAGUGGCCAACCCAGAUAACACCAUCUGCAGGCUCAUAGAUUCUCGAAUUCAAAAGUUCCUGGAGAAUUAUCUUGCAUCCAGUCACCAGAAAACCCUGCCUUCCAUCCCUGGAGGAUUAGGCCCUAUCCAAAGGGAGCUGGAAGAUGUCGCUGCCAAGUACGUUCGUCUCGUCAACUACAACAAGAUGGUCUUCAGCCCUUACUACGAUGCAGUCCUUGGCAAAAUACUGACUAAGGGAGAACCCCAGCUUGUAGGGAAGCCAGAAGAGUCCUAAACCCACAAGUUUGUGUGCUACCAAUAACGGUAUUGUCAGCUAUUAAAUAAAAAUUGUACCAAUAUUUGUCUAGGAAAAACAGCUUUCCGUGUAAAUACCGGUUCCUUCUAAUUCACGAGUGAUGGCUGGUGAGGGAAAUACUCGAGGUGCAGAAGGGGUUCUGAAGCAAAUGAUGAGAGGUGCAUUUUUAAUGUAAGGGUGCAACCUAGGGGGGGGAUAUCGUGGUAGUUUUCUGGCUGUAAUUUUUUACAUUUUGGAGCUGAUUCUAGGCGGGGCGAGUUGAAGAACAGAACUUGGUAUUUAAGUGGCUCGUUUUUAGGGCAUUUAACUCUUUAAUUUACAGUGAAUUCAGUUUAAUUAAUCCAGAGCAGUUUAGCAGUGGUUCUUCCCAGAAGGGGUGAUACGGUUUUAAAAAUAUAUCUUACUUUAAGGAGUUAAGAAAACUAAAAUUCUAGGUAAGAGGAACUUUGACACAAAACCAACCCAAACAGCACUUUAUUGUAACAUUAUGAUCACUAUGGUAGGCUACUGGUUUUUUCUGCAUUUUACUGCAUUUUUAAUAGCGUUUUUUUGCUGUUUACCUGCAGAUGUUACAAAACAUAAUAUAUUUUUGUAGUAAAUUUUCUGGUUAUUGGGUAACUGUCCUCUGCUAUGUACAGUACUCACAGAGGUGGCAAUCUUAUAGAUUGCAGCUGUAUUUAUCUCUUGUAAAGACUUAAGAAGGGCAGAGCCAAAAUGUUUUGAUAAAAGUGGUAUUUCUUA